AUGAGCGCGUUCACCGCGUCCGCGGUCGCCGCGCCGUGCGCCGCCAAGCUGCUCGCGUCCCGCAGAUCCGUCGCGGCGAGGACACCCGCGAUGGCUGCGAAGCGCGUCGCCAACAAGGCCAACAAGCGCGCGCCCCUCUCCGUCGCCGCCAAGGCUGGUCCCUCCGGCGAGGUCAAGAAGGUCGUGCUCGCGUACUCCGGCGGCCUCGACACCUCCAUCAUCCUCAAGUGGCUCCAAGAUACCUACGGCUGCGAGGUGAUCACCUUCACCGCCGACCUCGGCCAGGGCGAGGAGCUCGAGCCCGCGCGAGCCAAGGCUGAGCAGAUGGGCGUCAAGCAGAUUUACAUCGACGACCUUCGCGAGGAGUUUGUCCGGGACUACGUCUUCCCGAUGUUCCGAGCCAACGCGAUAUACGAGGGCACCUACCUCCUCGGCACCUCCAUCGCCCGCCCGCUCAUCUCCAAGCGCCAGAUCGAGAUCGCCAAGGAGGUGGGCGCCGACGCGGUGUGCCACGGCGCCACCGGCAAGGGCAACGACCAGGUGCGCUUCGAGCUCGGGUACUACGGCCUUAAACCAGACAUCAAAGUCAUCGCGCCGUGGCGCGAGUGGGACCUCAACUCCCGCACCAAGCUCCUCGACUACGCCGAGAAGAACGGCAUCCCCAUCGCAAAGAACAAGCGCCAGGAGGCGCCCUACUCCAUGGACGCCAACCUCCUCCACAUCUCCUACGAGGGUUUGGCGCUGGAAGAUCCAUGGGUGGAAUACACCGAGGACAUGUUCACCAGGUCCGUCGCGCCGGAAAACGCCCCGGACACCCCCACGUACCUAGAGAUCGAGUUCGAGAAGGGCGACCCCGUCGCGAUCAACGGCGAGCGCAUGUCCCCGGCCGCCAUGCUCACCGCCCUCAACAAGUACGGCGGCGACAACGGCAUCGGUCGCCUCGACAUCGUCGAGUCCCGAUUUGUGGGCAUGAAGUCUCGCGGGGUGUACGAAACCCCGGGUGGCACCCUGCUGCUCCACGCCAGGCGCGGCAUCGAGUCCAUCUGCCUCGACCGCGGCGAGUCCCACCUCAAGGAUGAGCUCAUGCCGCGUUACGCUGAGCUCAUCUACAACGGGUUCUGGUUCUCCCCCGAGCGCGAAAUGUUGCAGGCGGCCAUCGACAGGUGCGCCGAGAACGUCAACGGCACCGUUCGAGUUAAGCUCUACAAGGGUAACGUGGACGUCGUCGGAAGGAAGAGCGCGCAGUCGCUGUACAACGCGAACAUCGCGUCGUUCGAGGACGACGGCGGCGCGUACGAUCAGAAGGACGCCGCCGGCUUCAUCAAGCUCAACGCCCUUCGACUCCGGACGCUGGGCACCCAGCGCGGGGUUCCGAAGUGAUGA